AAUCGUAUGCUAACGAGGCAACGACGAUCGCCCUGUGAUGUACCGGCAGAUGCUUAAAUAUGAAAUAUGAAGAGCACUUUAAACGAUAUUUCAAGGACAUUUUGUGUGAAUUCUUUGCCUUAUUACGUGCUGUACAAGAAAUAUUCGAGUUUGCUUAAAAGGAGUGGUAUUGCUAUAUACAAUUAAAAGGCAGUUAUCAUGACAAGCUUUUGCGUUUUACAGCAGUGAAAUCAAGCUUUCAAUGGGUUAGUUUUUACAGUCUUGGUAAAGUCCAUCGCUGGGGAACACCGCAAACGAUUUAGUUACGUUCACAUGUCAAGCAUUGAGCUUUCUGUUUUUUUUUUUGUAUAUAAAAAAAACUCUUCGAUUGGUUUUCAUGAUAAACACUAGGUUUGGUAAAAUAUUCAUGAGAGAAUAAAGUCACCUUAAGCUGCAGUUCGCCAAUCGUCUUCAAACUCAAUGUGUUGAAAGACAAAUUAACCUCCCACUACCAGCAGCUACAUAUGCUAAUAAUUAGUUGUUUUGGAAUAUUGAAAUCCGUUUAUAUCGCAAGCAAGAUUUUCCCAACUGCGUUUUGCCAUUUGAGGCAGAAACUCAAUAGAAUCAUUACACAAUGUUAAGGUAAAGACCUUGCAUGUUAACGUUCCGGCGAUUUUUCUUUUAUUAAAUUUGGGGCUAAAACACGUGCAAAGCCAGCGUCUUAUUAAGAGAGCCGGUAAGUUGUUUCCUUGUCAGAUAGUUUUCGCACACCCGUGACUAGUUACUGUGUCAGUCUUGAUGUCAUAUCGCAAGGUUCUGCUAGAUGUUAACAACUUCGAUGUAUUAUUAGUGAAAUAACCAUGAUAACAUGAAGAGUUUAGAAGAACAGGAGUAACAUGUUUUAGCGGCUUAGUGCAGCUGGGAGAAGGUUGAACUGAAUCAUGUUGGAAGCCAAGGUUAUAAUGUUCAUCCAUUAUAUUCAUAAAAUCAACCAGCCCCCCCCCAAAAAAGACAUCUCAGCCAUAAAAUAAACAAAUUUUUUACUUCUCAAACAUUGAUGUGUAGUUUCGUCAUCAAUAGAACUUCAAAUUAUUCAAAUUUUUCACCACAGCCAAAGCAAUCUUCCUAAAAAUGUUUAUUUUGCAGGUGAAACAAACAGAGGUGACAACUCAACAAAAUGAACGCAUCUAUAGACAGCAGCGACCAAUCAGAGACAGCCGUUCAUCCCGAUACUGAACACAUCUUCGCAGCUCUUUUAGGAGGCCUUCUGGUAAUUUGCACGUUAAUUGGAAAUUCUCUUGUCUGUAUCAAUUUUUACUUGUUUGAGGAACUCCGAACAGUCUGCCAUUACUUUGUUGUCAGUCUCAGUGCGGCCGAUAUAUUGGUUGCCAUGGUAGCGAUGCCCUUCUGGUGCGCCUUACAGGUGACAUCAAAUCGCUGGAUGUUUAGUCAGCAGCUGCGAACGUUCUGGAACUGUAUGGACAUUCUGUGUGGGACCGCUUCAAUUAUGAACCUCACCGCUGUUUCAGUUGACCGACAUGCUGCUAUCACAGAUCCUUUUUCGUACCCUAAUGUUAUGACUUCUGUGCGAGCUGUUAUUAUGAUUAUUUUUGUUUGGUUAUACGCCAUAUUAGUCUCGGGGCUACGAUUAGCAAGCUGGCCCACUAAACAAGGCUAUAUGCAUUUCAUCGCUUGCGCUAGCUUCUUCCUCCCUCUGACAAUAAUGAUCAUCAUGUACACAAGGAUCUAUCUCGUUGCUAAACAACAAGUACAUCGCUUGCGGACGGGCCUGAGCUACGCAAAGGACGUUAAAGCGGCCAAGACUAUCGCCAUUUUGAUUGGUCUGUUCGUGUUCUGCUGGGGGCCAUUUUUUGCUAUCAUUCUUUGCUACGCUUAUGAUCAGUCAUGCCCAGUGCCUGGCUCGUUAUUAAACGUAAUCAAGUGGAUGGAGUACACGAGUUCAUGCCUUAAUCCUAUUAUUUACAGUUGCCUCAAUCGAAGCUAUAGAAAGGCGUUUCGUAAACUUUACAAACUUUUCCGAAGCCGACAAAGAGCCGAGUCUUCUAGUAGCACAGCCGGGUCUCGGUCAAAAACUGAAGGUUCGUUCAGUGAAAGCAUCGUGCCGACCACCGGCAGUGGCCUGGAUCAAAGACGAUGGCGAAGUAAUUCGAUCGUUCGAGACUGCGUAAGGCCCAAGGAAUCACGAAUUUAGUACGCAAUCCCCUCCUUGGAUAAAUGAUUUAUAUACAGUAAAAGGUCAUCGCAGUCAUGCAAUGCAACUUAGAGAGUUAUGAGAAUAAUGCGUGAAACUCUGGCUUUAACACGGGAUUCGCCUCUGCAAUACGUGCAGUACUCUACCAACUGGGUUACUAAACUGUUUUAUUGACUAACUGACAAACCCUCAGUCCUCCCAAGAAUGCCCAGCGAUUUGUAAGUUGUAAGCUUUAGGGGCUUAUAGUUCAAAAACGGCAAGGUAAAAUUUUUUUAUAUCGUCAAAUUUUGAUAAACAGGAUAUAUAAGACGCAACUUUUGGCAAAGUUUAAAAAUGUUCUGUACAUAGCAAUAAGGAAGUUAAAUUCAGUGAAGCCGACAUAAAAUCGUUCACUAAGGAACACGAAAAUGCUAAAAUGACAAAACGAACAAAGAAAAUUCAUGUGGCUAAAACUAUUCAAGGAGUUUCUUUAAAGUAAACCAAAAGAACGAUGUUCAAGAUAUUCCUGCCGGCCACCGUGCUGCGUUUCACAUACGGUUUAUUCUUCUGAUUAGUUUCUUUAGUUUUUGUCUGUAUAAUAAAAAGAACAUUCCACUUGUUCUCCGCGCUCACUCGUGAGAUAUUGAAUUUGCCACGAGAACGUAAAAUUCAUAUCUUCUCGCCAUCGUGGAAUGUCCUCUAUCGAUGCUUUAAAUUACAAAAAAGUCUUGACAAGAGAACUUAGACGUCAGUGGUUGAAAUCAUUUUACGGUUUUUACUCUUACGACAGCGGUAAUAAUUUUCCAAUAUAUUACGCCUAACGGCUAACUUUUUGGCCUAGGCCUAUUUUAUGGCUAACGGUUAGCCUCAUUGAGAGCCACUGUAAGUAAUCUAUGUUUGAAGCGUACUAUCAACAAGUAAUCGAAUGAUAUUCUCGUCCAAUUUGGAAUAAGUGAAUACUACAAAUGGCACUCCUCGCCCUACGGGCUCGGGGAAUUUUUCAGCCUUUAAAAUAUUUACUCGUGCUUAUUUAUCCCAAAUUGCACUCGAAAUCAUGUGAUUACCUAUACUAAUUACUGAAGAGUGUGAACGCAGAUUGCAAUUCACCCUCACUAAAAACGGUCUUACAAACCCAACAAGAAGGACAAAUUACGAAAUGGGCUGAUAGGGUUCAUGUGAACUCUGUGGCACACCUCUCGAUCACGAGUCUUGGCUGCCCAUGGAUUUCUCUUUACGCGUGGCUUUCUUGUUUGCUUUUCACUCUGUGCUAUCACCAAACGAGUAUAUAACUCGGCUCUGUAAUCUGAAAUAGUCAUAAAAGAUAUAUUUCACGAAAUUAAGGAUUUCUUAUGGCUUGUGACGUUUUCUUUUUUGUCAUACGGGACAUUGCUUUAUCGGCUCUUUAUCGGCGAUGCGAGCUUGCUUUCGCUGACGGUCACAACAAGGAAAGAGGCUUUCCCUCAUUUUUUGCAGGGAUAGUACUUUAUAAUUACGUUGGUAAUUUGUGAGCUUUCUACGCUUCACAUGGAAACAUGCUGAAACGGCCACAUAUGAGCCCAAAGGAUUCCCAAAAGGGACUAUCUUGUCAGUUACUGACCAGCAAGCACAGCUCCGCCAAAGCAACAAGCACGCUUGAAUAUAAAUAGUGAUUAUUAGAGUUUUGGAUCUCUUUGUCCAUGUAUUAGAGAGCCGGAUAUUACUACUCAUGUUUUUGCACCAACUAUUAUUGAGGAUUGAAAAUUGUUAAGCCCCGGCCAAACGAUCGCAACAUGUCAACGCAACAUAUCGCAACAUUGUUGGGCGC